CUGCGCAUGUCAGUCGGGUGCUAUCCAGUCCAUCACGCAAAUGAAGGACGAGCUUCACUGUUAUAUUUAAGCUGAAAUUCCCGCUGAAUUUCUCCAGUAACUAUCCGUUUAUAUUAAUAUAAAUUUGUCCAUCAUGCUCAAAAGUGUGUUGCCCGUCUGUUUCUGUAUACUACUUUUGAAUGAAGCAUCUAUGCAGGACAUAGUUCAGGGUUUUGUCGGAGAUUUUGCACUUUUCCCGUGCCAUCCUGAGACCGGGCAAGUAAAAGUCCACACUGCACACUGGAGAUAUAACGACAACAAAAAUGUUUACGACAUACUAAAUGGCCAAGGGACGACGAAGGAGCAGGACGCCGAGUACAAGGGGAGAACUGAAACGUUCCCUGCAGAGUAUUCGAAAGGCAACUUCUCCCUCAGGCUUGGGAAUCUGCAGAAAAGUGAUGAAGGGUCGUACUGCUGCUUCAUCCCUGAGUUUGAUCACAACAAAUGCAUGGAUCUUCAAGUCACAGAGAAACCAAGAGAAAUCCAAGAGAAGCAAGACUCAGAUGGUGGAGUUGAAAGCACAGCAGAGAGGAUUGUAUCUCUGUUAAUUCCUCUCUUCUCUGCUACUGUUCUGCUCUGUGUGUGAGUGGUGACUGUAUAUAGUUCUGCAUUGUGCACUUUAAUUAUAGUGAGCCUUGACGUGCGCGAUAUUACUUUAUUCUCCACAGUAGACUGCAGUGCUUUGGGUUUAGCAUCUUGAUAUAAUCUAUGACAAACAUUUGGACACACACACGAUUACAUAUCAUGCCUGUUAUAAUCAGGGUAGAUGCCAUAAGUAAAGUCUGUUCACUGGACUCUACUGAAGUGG